UUUGUUGAGCUAGGAAUUAAUAAAUAAAUAAUAGUUUUUUAUUUUAUUUUAUUUUUUAUGAAAAAUAUUGUUUUUUUAUAAUCCUACUGUGUUUAAGCGUUGUUGAAACUUUCAACCUGUGAUUAUAUUGGUUAGAAGUGGAUUUUGAUGUUUAUUUUACCUUUUUUUUUCUGGUUUUUUGAACCUUGUAUAGCAGUUUAGUGGCUUGAAAUUGUAGUUUUGAGUAAUUGUAAUUCAUGAAUUAAUCACUUUUCUGGUAAUUUAAGGCUCUACUGGUUUUAACGGUUUUUUUAUUUUAAUUUUUUAUUUUUAUUUUUUCCGGAAAAUUUCGCUGGCGUUUGGUAUAAUUAUGGAGAAUUCUUUCCGGGAGACGUGUUCGUUGAGUGUGUGGUUGUGUCGAGGCUUAAUGCAUGGACCGGAGGAUGUUUGAGCUUUUGUUUUGUUUCGAGUGAACAACGUUCAGGAAGCAAUGAGCUGAAUGUGUGCAAAAACGCUGCUGAUGUUCAAGAAUCUUUCGAUAUUUGCAUUUCGUUCAUACGCAAUCAUGCCUUAGUGACAUAUAUGUAUACACCUAGAGUGAAACUGGCCCGAACUAAAAUUAAGGUAGAAGAAAUGAAGGGUUAUGAUGAGGUUUAAUGAUUGAGUUGGAGUUAAUCCCCACCCCCCACCACAACUAUUUUGUGAACUCUCAGUUUUUUUUUUUCAUGGAAUCUGAAUUUGGGAAUUGGAGGUCCCAAGUUUUUUCUUUCCAUGCGGAAAUUCUAAAUUUCUAUGUGUAUGAAUCCAAACAAGGGAAUUGAUGCAUGUCAAUUUAUAAAUUCUGAUUUUGUCAAAAUUCGAAGUUUAUUUCCCUUUUCCAAGCAUAGUAUUAGAGAAUUUUUGGUGCUCAUGAGGAUUUACUGCUUUUUAGAUGCAGCAAGCUUCUAUUUAGACCAUGUAGAGUCAGAGUGAAGAUUAAACAUUACGGAUGGCAUGCUACUCUAUUAGCUUAAACAUACCUAUAUUUAGUCAUUUCCUUUCAGGUUUUGUACGCUGAAAUAUUUCCUUCACUAAGAACUUUGGAACCUGAUUGCAAACAGGCAACGUUGUAUCUGUCUUAGAAAGUGGUUUAUGGCUUGUCAGUGGCAUUUAAGGGUGCAUAUUCUGUCUCUCUUGUUUUUGGCUUCCACUGUGUGGGAUGGAUGCUUAAAAGUCUCAGCCUAUGGUCCAUCUUGAUAUAAGUAAAAUAAAACUUCAGUUUCGUCACAUGGUUUAGAGCAUGUAGUGGUUUCCAUUUCGUAUAGAAAUUUUAUUGAGAAUUUCGAGACCAAUAAAUUGGAUCAAUAACGUCCAGAAAUGGGUUGUUGGAUGUUUUGAGAUUGAGAGGAAACCCUUCUAGUUUUCUUUGUGCAUAACAAUACGUAUUGUUGUUGUUUUGGAAAAUUUUGAGAUUAAUUGGCAGCAAAGUGAUUAAGAAUUUUCCGGGGGAUAGGUAGUGCUAGGACAAAGUCUUCUUUUUUUAGGUUAUGGUUCAGCUCCUUUAACUGGAAUAUAUUGAAGUAUUAUUACUACUGCAAAGGGUGAUAAUUGAGAUGAUAAUUGGGUUUGUUAUAAGGACUUGAGAUUAAAGAAUCCUUCUUGUGUUGAAUUAUUGCAACAAGGGAUCUUGAAUAUAAGGUUGUGAGUUUUGCAUUCAAGUUUCAAUAAAAAUGUUAGAGCUGACAAAAUUUCGUUAAGCUCCUAAUAUUUUGAGUCACAUGCAUAACAUGCACAUACACUUAGUGGUCGUCAGUCUUCAUGCUCCUUAGUGAUGAUUAGGCCCUUGAAGCUGCAAUUGAACCUCAUCUGCCAAAAGCUCAUUGGGAUCAUGUUUUAGAAGAGAUGAUAUGGCUUUCAAAGUUGCUAGCUGAAUUUCAAGUCAGAGAGAAAAUGGGUAUUAGCUUAGGCGAAGAAGGUUGCUUUAAGAUCGAGCAAGGGCAUGCUAGAUCAGGCUACAAGGGGAGAAAAGAAAUUGAGGGAGGAAGAGCAACGGAUAAAGAAGGUUGCACUCAAUAUAUCCAAGGAUGUGAAGAAAUUCUGGCUGAAAAUAGAAAAGCUGGUUUUUUACAAGCAUCAAAUGGAACUUGAUAAGAAAAAGAGAAAGGCACUUGAUAAGCUUAAGUUCCUUCUAGGUCAAACUGAGAGGUACUCAACAAUGUUGGCAGAAAAUCUCGGGGACAGCUACAAGCCUGUUCAGCAAUAUCCUACACAAGAUCAGCCAAGUAUCCAAUGCAAAGAAAUGGACAAAAAUGAUACUAACAAAUCAACUGAAUUGAAUGCCAGAGAAAGAGCAAACAUUGAUGCUGCUGCUGAUGAUGAUUAUGAUGUACAGUCUGAUGAUAUAACUGUGGGAAGUAAUGGCCAUUUGUCCAUUUCAGAAAGCCAUUUAUCAGAGAUUGAGAUAAAUGAAGACGAAAAUCAUUUAGAAGCGCCUGUACAGCUUGCCAAAGGGCAGAUGCAAUAUGAUUUUAAUGAUGAACAUGUGAGCAGGACUCGUCCUAUAGGCAUCAACAAAAUUCAAUCUACUUGAAUUGAAACAAGUAUCUGAGUUCGUAAAAUUGCAUCUUUUGUGAACUACAAGACACCCACGGACCUCUGAACAUAUGCAGCUGCGGACAUUUGUUAUAAUUGCCGCCCAUCCGUCACCGCAGUUUGAUCGCAUCUUUGGCAUUCAAGCAGUGGCCUUGACAUGAGUAUCAGCAUAUUGGCUUGGAUUGGCUUGUAACGAUGUAUGAGAAAAGACUGAAUGGGAUUCUAGCCGACUAGAUGGGGCUUGGGAAAACAAUCAUGACAUUGCUUUGGUUGCACCUAGCAUGUCAUAAGGGGAGACUCGGUUUCUUAAAAGAUGUCCAGCUUUCGAAAUCCUGACUUAUUUUGGAAGUGCUACAGAGCACAAAUUGAAAAGGCAAGGCUGGUUGAAACCAAACUGGAUAAACACGUGCCGUAAAAUACUGUAUUUUAUCCUUGAGAAAUGCUCUUGGUUGGAUGUCUUGAGUAUUUGUAGACUUUUGAAUUAAAUUCUAAUUUCUCAUAUUUUCUUAUUUUAUUAAAUUAGUUUUCAUAGGGGUGUGUAAUAGCAGAAUCAAAUUCGGAGUUGUGGAGAUUGAGUUAUGAUUUUUGUUAUGUGGAGGGAAAUUACAAAUUUCC